CGCGCCGGAACGCCUUGGGCCGUCGCCGAGGGGGAGGGGAAGCCGCGGGGCGGAAGCGGAAGUGACGACUGAAGCAGGGGCGGAGACGCAAGAUGGCGGCUGUGGUCCUGGCGGCGACGCGGUUGUUGCGGGGCUCGGGUUCUUGGGGCCAUUCGCGGCUGAGGUUUGGACCUCCUGCGUACAGACGGUUUAGUAGUGGUGGUGCCUAUCCCAACAUCCCCCUCUCUUCUCCUUUACCUGGAGUACCCAAGCCUGUUUUUGCUACAGUUGAUGGACAGGAAAAGUUUGAAACCAAAGUAACCACAUUGGAUAAUGGGCUUCGCGUGGCAUCUCAGAAUAAGUUUGGACAGUUUUGUACAGUAGGAAUUCUUAUCAAUUCAGGAUCGAGAUAUGAAGCGAAAUACCUUAGUGGAAUUGCUCACUUUUUGGAAAAAUUGGCAUUUUCGUCUACUGCUCGAUUUGACAGCAAAGAUGAAAUUCUGCUUACGUUGGAAAAGCAUGGGGGUAUUUGUGACUGCCAGACAUCAAGAGACACCACCAUGUAUGCUGUGUCUGCUGAUAGCAAAGGCUUGGACACGGUGGUCGGCUUACUGGCUGAUGUGGUUCUGCAGCCCCGGCUAACAGAUGAAGAAGUCGAGAUGACGCGGAUGGCGGUCCAGUUUGAGCUGGAGGACCUGAACCUGCGGCCUGACCCAGAGCCACUUCUCACCGAGAUGAUUCAUGAAGCGGCUUACAGGGAGAACACAGUUGGCCUCCACCGUUUCUGCCCCACAGAAAACAUAGCAAAGAUCAACCGAGAGGUGCUGCAUUCCUACCUGAGGAACUACUACACUCCCGACCGUAUGGUGCUGGCUGGCGUGGGCGUGGAGCACGAGCAUCUGGUGGACUGUGCCCGGAAGUACCUCCUGGGGGUCCAGCCGGCCUGGGGGAGCACAGAGGUCGUGGAUAUUGACAGAUCUGUGGCCCAGUACACUGGGGGGAUUGCCAAGCUAGAAAGAGACAUGUCCAAUGUCAGCCUGGGCCCGACCCCCAUCCCCGAGCUCACGCACAUCAUGGUUGGACUGGAGAGCUGCUCCUUCCUGGAGGAGGACUUCAUCCCCUUCGCGGUGUUGAACAUGAUGAUGGGCGGAGGCGGCUCCUUCUCGGCUGGCGGGCCUGGCAAGGGCAUGUUCUCCAGGCUCUACCUCAACGUGCUCAACAGGCACCACUGGAUGUAUAACGCGACCUCCUACCACCACAGCUACGAGGACACUGGUCUCCUCUGCAUCCAUGCCAGCGCUGACCCAAGACAGGUUCGAGAAAUGGUAGAAAUCAUCACAAAGGAGUUUAUUUUAAUGGGCGGAAGCGUGGACGCGGUGGAGCUGGAACGAGCCAAGACGCAGCUGACGUCCAUGCUCAUGAUGAACCUGGAGUCCAGGCCUGUGAUCUUCGAGGAUGUGGGGAGGCAGGUGCUGGCCACUCGCUCCAGAAAGCUGCCGCACGAGCUGUGCACGCUCAUCCGUGAGUACCGCAGGGGUAGUGAGGGGCUGCCACAGGCCUCGGCCAGGCUCAGAGGAGGCCGUCUUGCCCUCCCGCAGGCCGUGGUGGGCCUGUGGUAUGUCCAUCACACCCGGAAUCUGGGGCCUUCACCAGUUGUCCUCAGCAGGGGCGGCCAAGGGCAGGGCUGUGGGGUCACAGACCUGGUCUCACUUCUCGGCCCCACCAUGUACCUGCUGCCUCCUUGGCAGGUGACCCCACCCUCUGCACCCCUGGGAGGGGCUGUCACUACUGCCCAGAGUUGUUAAAGAGUACUCAAGUUAGUAGGUGAAAAGGGCUCAGUAGAGGACUGCUACAUUGUACGUGGAGUAGCAGUGGCUCGGAAUGCCGCUGUACCGUUGCUGGCUCUCGGGCAGGAGUCUCAGCCCCAGGUUUCCGGGGCCCCCAUGAGUGACCUUAGGAGGUCUGAAUUUCCUGAAACUGUGUGCCAAGUUGUAUGUGCAUUGGACUUUUCUGGGCGACAGGCUUAAAACCUGGCACAGGCUGCCUGUUAAGUUGGGGUGGCUUGGGCUUAGGGUGUCACCUGUGGGCAUCUCCUGUCCAGGCCUGGAGUCCCGGGCAUUUGCCCUGUCCCGUGUGGUCCGUUGUCCUUCCCUCAGGAGCGCCCACUUAAAUCCUCGAGCGAGUGUCCAGCCUCUCUCGGGCCUCAUCUUCUGUAGAAAACAGACCCACGUGGACCCAGUCACUCCUGUCCUGGGGUUCCUGGGUGCAGCCAUUUGGCCCCCUCUCACCCCACGCGUCUGUCCAUGCGGCCCUCAGGGGCUCGGGGUUUUCUCUGCAGACCCGUCCUAAAGUGAGCUCAUCAGACACGGAGCUCGCUCUUCUGUAAGUGUAACUCUUCUUGGGUGGCUUUGUCCUACAUUUUUAAGUCAUUGCCAUGUCCCCAUUUACUGAGAACUCACUUCUGUCACUUUUGGACUCACCCUUGGCUACACCCAGUGGCUGCCUUUGGGCCCAGGUGCCCCCAGCAGCAGCACAGCGUGAGUGAGUGCUAUAGACCAGCCACCCCCUCCGUGUGUUUACUGACACAGCCUCAGCAUGGAGGCCGUGGUGCGCUUGUGUGACGUGCGUUUGCCCUCUGCACCAGGCAACGUGAAGCCGGAAGAUGUGAAGAGAGUUGCUUCUAAGAUGCUCCGAGGGAAGCCAGCAGUGGCCGCCCUGGGUGACCUGACUGACCUGCCCACGUACGAGCACAUCCAGGCCGCCCUGUCGAGCAAGGACGGGCGCCUGCCCAGGACGUACCGGCUCUUCCGGUAGAGCCGCUCCCCGGCCUGACAGACCCAGGAGCUGCAGCUGGAGCCCAUUCCCGUGCGUGUUAGUUUGGACACGAAUGUAGUCUAAAAAGCUGGUUGUAUAAACAGUGCAAACAAUGUCGCCACAGCACCCACGCAGUUUGCAUUCUGUCAGAACUCAAUGUGCCGAUCAGUGGAGUCAGUAUUGAGCCUGACCACCACAAGCCAGGAGGCAGGUGAAGUGCCCAGUGCUGGAGUGCAGCGUGCCACGAGGAGGCCGGUCAGCGCUCCCCUCCUCAGGGGCUCUGGGCACGUGGGGCCCCGCAGGUUCCUUGGAGGAGCCCUGAGCCGGGAGGCAGCAGAGACCAACCUAUCAGAGCCUCCCCGGAGGCCACCGUGCUCCUGUGUUGAGUACCAGGAUUCACCUCUGACAAACAGGACAAGGCAAGGGCCCAGUCAGCUCCGAGGAGCGCGGUCCACGCGUGUGCACACGGCUUCCCUGGUAAUAAAGAGCUGGCAUCUUA